GCGGAGAGGUGGGCAUUAACCUCGCUCUCGCCCUGCUCGUAUUUACAGGCUGUGGAGACCUGGGCUCCCACCUCAAUUCAUUCCCCCACACCCCCGCCGCCCCGUGCCUCCCUGGUCCGAGCUGGGAACCCUAUCCUGCCCCUCGUAUCCGCCCGGCACUGGCCAGAAUUGCGGGCAUGGCGGUGAAGAUGCUGCAGGACUGGUGCAGGUGGAUGGGGGUCAACGCUCGCAGUGGUCUGCUCAUCCUGGGCAUCCCGGAGGACUGUGAUGAUGCCGAAUUCCAAGAGUCCCUCGAGGCUGCCCUGUGGCCUAUGGGACACUUUACGGUGCUAGGCAAAGUGUUUCGAGAGGCCACCGCGGCCCUGGUCGAGCUCAACCGGGAAGUCAACUAUGCUUUGGUCCCCAGGGAAGUCCCCGGCACGGGAGGCCCGUGGAACGUGGUCUUUGUGCCCUGUUGCUCAGGCGAGAAGUUUCUCGGUCUCGGUCGUGUGUUCCACUUCCCGGAGCAACAGGGGCAGAUGGUGGAGAGCCUGGCCGGCGCCCGGGGCGUGGGGCUGCGCAGGGUGUGCUGGCUCCGAUCCAUCGGUCAGGUGGUCCAGCCCUGGGUGGAGAUCCUGAGGUACCAGAGCCUGGGCGUGUUUUCCGGGAGGGACCAGCCAGCCCCAGGGGAGGAGUGCUUUGAGGUCUAGCUAGACCACACCACCGAUAUGCUGCAUGUGUGGGAGGGGUUCUCGGAAAAGGAGAGGAGGAGGAGGCUGCUGGAAGGCUUGCGUGGGACCGCCCUGCAGCUCGUGCACGCUCUCCUGGCGGAGAACCCCGCCAGGACGGCGCAGGACUGUCUGGCGGCCCUGGUCCAGGUGUUUGGAGACAGUGAGUCCCAGGUGACCAUCCUGGUGAAGUGUCUGACCGCUCAGCAGCAGUCAGGCGAGCGUCUGUCGGCUUUCGUGUUGCGGCUGGAAGUCCUGCUGCAGAAGGCCAUGGAGAAGGAGGCCCUGGCCAGAGCAUCUGCCGACCGCGUGCGCCUGAGGCAGAUGCUCACCAGGGCCCACCUUACUGAGCCUCUGGAUGAAGCACUGAGGAACCUGAGAAUGGCCGGGAGGUCUCCAAGUUUCCUGGAGAUGCUGGGGCUCGUUCGGGAGUCUGAGGCAUGGGAGGCCAGUCUAGCCAGGAGCGUGAGAGCCCAGGCACAGGAAGCAGCCAGUGCCUGGGCUGAUGCCCAGGCUAUUGCCAGAGCCCACACUAAAGGAGGCGGUCCUGGCUGGGGGCCAGAGGGCCUCCUCCAGGCAGGGGGCCAGGAGGCUGAGGAGCUCCUCCCGGAGGGGCUCAAGCUGGUCCUGGAGGAAUGUGAUAACUAGGUUGGGGCUGGGGAGGCAGCCCAGCGUGAGUCCUCCCUGGGCAAAUAGGCUCCGAGGACUCCUGGGCCGCCUCCUCUCAGGCAGCAGCGCCCUGGAGACAGGCAGAGGUGGGCCAGGGCCAGUCCCUCACCCCACAUGGGGAUCAAGGGUC